AUGUUUGUUGCUCCUCCUGGCUAUCAGCCAAUCUAUAGCCCGGACAUACCCUAUCUAGGGCCUAUUAAUGGAGGGCUGAGGGAAGGAACAUCCAUCUAUAUCCAGGGGACCAUUCCCAAGCACAUCACCAG